AUGGCUUUCAUGCAAACAACCUUCAAAUCCGGCUGGAUCACCGACCUGCUCCUGCCGCCGGCGCCGGAGGGCAAGACGCCGCAAGACGUGCUGGAUGCCGGCUACGAGCUCGCACUCAAGAUGUGCUCGGACCCGGUGCUGAUGGCGCGGCUCAACCCGUUGAUCACGAACGUGGUGACCAUCCCGGCUUCAGACCCGAAAGCCGUCGACCACCGGGCUCUCUCGCGGGACUUCGGUGUGGAGCUGGAGGCCGAGUACGCGCUCGAGGAGUUCCAGCACUAUGCCAUCACGGACAAACUCAACCUGCUGCCGGGGUACAGCACCGACCUGACGUACUACAGCGCGAUCCGGCGCACCCAGGACGGCAUGGAGGCGCUGACCAACCCGGGGUCCGGGGUCAGCAUCUACGGGCGGUUCAGCGUGCGGGUCGCCGAGAGCCGCGACGUCAAGGCCCUCGACGCCAGCGACGGCAAGGGCUGGGUGAUCAACCUCUACGAGACCAACGAGCUGCGCUGCAACGUCAUGCUCAGCUACUAUAUCCGCGCCACCACCGACAAGUCGCACCGCCAGGCCCAUGGCCGCUUCAAGGAGAUGUGGUACAAGGGCAUGAAGGAGAUGGGCUAUUCGGCCAUGUCGUGA